AUGAACAUUCUCACAACAGUGUUCUUGAAGGCUGACAAUCUCAAGAUUGUGUAUCCAAACAUUCUUCUGUGGCAGAAAGCAAUCCACAAUUACAAGCGUAGUCCAGACAUGGGAGAUGAAAUCCAGUGUUGUGUCCACAUUACUACACCUCCUGAAAAGAUUGCUGCAAUGAAACAGAGAAUCUCAAGUUACAUCGAUAGCAAGCCAGAGUAUUGGUACCCAAAAGCAGAUUCUCAUGAAUAUCUAAUUAUUUUAUGUUCUCAUGAAUCAUGA